AUGUGCUCUGUGGGUUGUGGGCUGUCCUGCCGAAUCGAGUACAGCACAGCAGAAGCUCAGCUCGGCUGCCGGACAUUUGCAAAGCCCGGCGCACGAGGAGCGCAUAGCGCUGGGGGUUGGCUUCGCGUCCGUCCGUCCCCGUCUCUUGGAGGGAGAGCCACUGCUCGGCAGAACGGCUCCACCCAAGUCUCCAGGAUGAAGCUAGGCCUCUUCACAGCCCUCCUGGUUCUCCUGACAGCGGAGGAAGCAGAGGCCCUGCGGGAACCUGAGUUAUGUUACAUCUUGGACGGGAUUCUGUUCAUCUACGGCAUCGCUCUCACCUUCCUCUACUGCCGACUGAAGAUCCUAUACCGAAAGAAAUCAAAACCAGAGCCUUCGGCAAUCUAUGAGAAAGUGGAAGGAAUCUACACGGGCCUCGACCCUGACCAAACCGACACCUACACGCCCCUCGACCUCCCCAAGCCUGAAGUGCCGUGUAAGAUCCCCGAAGAAGAGCUCAGACUGGAAUAG